CUAGAUACUGUUGACAUGCAGUCUCCCAGAAUACCAGGAAGAAAAAGAGGAAGGCCCCCCCUUCAUUCCACUCCUAUGAAAUUGGCUGUUCAUAAUCUUUAUUCUGCACCAGCUGGUUCUUUGCCAGUUGUGAAGAUCCCUAAGAAACGAGGGAGAAAGCCUGGGUAUAAGCUGAAAUCUCGUGUCCUAAUGACUCCUUUAGCAAUCUCCCCACCAAGAAGCACACCAGAACCAGAUAUUAGUUCAAUCCCGCAGGAUGCAGCCACAAUCCCCAAUUCAGCAGCCCCACAAGUCCUUACAGUGUGCAUUUAUGUCAACAAACAAGCUAAUAUGGGGCCAUAUCUUGAGAGAAAAAGAGUACAACAACUUCCGGACCACUUUGGGCCUGAACGGCCUUCCACGGUGCUACAGCAGGCAGUUCAAGCAUGCAUUGACUGCGCACACCAACAAAAAACAGUUUUCUCGCUUGUCAAGCAGGGCUAUGGAGGUGAAAUGGUGUCAGUUUCUGCUUCAUUUGAUGGGAAACAACACCUCCUGAGCCUGCCAGUAGUGAACAGCAUUGGCUAUGUUUUGCGGUUCCUAAAAAAGCUUUGCCGUAGCUUAUUGUGUGACAAUCUUUUCAGCAAUCAGCCUUUCCCACAAUACAACACUUCAGAAAACCCAGAAGAAUAUGAAAAUGGACGAAUGGAGUCAGGAACGGUCAUACCUGAAGAGUAUCUGGUUGAUCCAAUGACCACAAAGCACUACAGUGUAGAUCCCACUGAUUCUGCCUUUAAUUGUAUGGGCUCCAUGUAUUCCAUGAGGCAGAAUUCUGGAGAUGGACGUCAUGGAGGAGGUUCUUCUUCAUCCUGCAGUCUUCGUUCUGGUCAGCUGCCUUCUGGAGGACCAUCAGCUACUGGUUUAAGGCAUCAGACAUCAAGCCCAACUAGAAAUGGAACCUAUCUGGAAGGAAACAGAAGUGCCUCAAGUCCUUCACCAGAAAGACAAGAUGCAGUUCGGCCCUUGAGCAAAAACCCUUUAAUGUGGACCGUUGAUGAUGUAGUGUGGUUUGUGAAGGAUGCCGACCCCCAUGCUCUAGGACCCCAUGUGGAGCUCUUCAGAAAACAUGAGAUUGAUGGCAAUGCUUUGUUGCUACUGAAGAGUGACAUGAUCAUGAAAUAUUUGGGCCUGAAGUUGGGACCAGCACUGAAACUCUGUUAUCACAUCGAUAAACUGAAGCAAGCCAAGUUCUGA